UGCAUAGUUUAAAACCAUUUGAUUCCCAUAAAUUGUCACCAAAGGCACGAGCACGCAUCGGUGAAACGUGCGAGUUUUCUAUAAAUACUGUCGAACAUAUAACAGGAUAUCGCAUUCAACAGAUAUCUAAUAUCAGUGAAAGAGAUAUUUCACUUACAGGAAUCAACCGAAACAUGAAGUUGCUCAAAACAGUUAUAUUGGUAGCCAUGGCUAUUAUGCCUUCGGUGGUGGACGGACAAUACUCUUGCUUGAACUUAACAGAUUGUCAGUGUGGGAAUGUGUGCGUUAAUGAACUAGACAAAAGCUGCGAGGGACCCAGAGACUCGUGCGUGUGCAAACCUGGUUGUUUGAUGUUCGACCUGUUCAUCAAACCUGGCGAAGGACGGCGCGUGUAUGGCAACUAUUGUCGCUGUCCUCUCAGCCCCCAAGCAUCCAAUGGGGUGUCAGCUUGCACCAGGGCUGCAUGGAGGGGCCAACCAGCUGGAAUCCCUACCUAUCCCACCUCAUGUUGACCACCCAAAAUGUUUGUCAUAAUUCUGAAAUAAAAUCGGUCUCCCUG